AUGGAAUCUUUUGCUGAGACAAAUAAUUUAUCCGAGUUAGUCGAGGCCUUUAUUGACAGAAAUAGCACAUCGAAGCUUCUUGAGGAGUUUGUGGAGAAAAUUAAUGUCACCCAGUUGCUCGAACACUUUUCCGAGCCGAGAAUUAUCACGAACACGCCCUACGACUUGGGUACCUCCAACAAAGGAAAAGAGAAGAAGCAGACAAAUGAGGCGGUUAUCACUGCCGUGGAAGCCGGUUGUCGUCACAUUUAUUGUGCCCGCUGGUACGGAACUGAGUUUUACAUCGGACAGGGUAUCAAAGAUGUCAUCGACAGAGGCAUUGUUACCCGUGAAGAGCUGUUUAUCACCACUAAGACGGAAAAUGAUGGUACCCCUAUCCGAAACAAAGAGGGUGAGUUCAUUAUUGACAAAUUGGGUAAUUAUAUACAGUUAUACCAAAGAAUUGAGGAGAUUUACCGGGAUACCAACAAGGUCAGAUCCAUCGGUGUUUCCAACUACACCAAUGAACAGCUCGAGGUGUUGUUGAAGGUGCGUAAGGUGAAACCAGUGCUUAACCAGGUUGAGUUGAACCUAAGAUUAUCACAGAAGGAUGUGAUUGCAUUUAACGAAAAAUUGGGCAUGGUUAUCACCGCUUACUCGCCCUUAGGUGGCAUGGGUGCCCCAUACCUCCAACUUCCAUUAGUGAAGCAACUCGCGGAACUGUAUGGCGCUACCGGAAGCGAGGUUUUAGCCUCUUACAAAGUCCAAAGGGGUAACUUGAACUUGGUUCCUUUGACCAAGAAGGAGUUGACUGCUUUAGAUCAGAUCGGCGUCGAUGACCCACAAUUGGAGAGAAUGAACCCCCGCUAA